CAACCCUACACAGCGUGUGACAUUUGUGUGCAGUGUUUCGUGUUCUGAUCUUCUGUUCUGUGGCUCUCUGUCACCUUUGUCAAUUGCCUCUGUUCCAUGAUCUCCAUGACAAGCUUUUUGUAAACUUAAAAUUGAAUAGUCAUUUUUACAUUCAUUUUCACCAGUUUUCCCCGUCGUUUACCGAAAACAGUAUACGUUAAAAAUAUAAGAUGUUCCUUACAAGAAGCGAAUACGACCGAGGGGUAAAUACCUUCUCCCCCGAAGGACGGUUGUUUCAAGUUGAAUAUGCCAUAGAGGCCAUCAAACUUGGGUCAACAGCCAUUGGAAUAUGCACAAGUCAAGGUGUUGUACUAGCAGUGGAGAAAAGAAUCACUUCUCCGCUAAUGGAGCCUACUACAAUUGAAAAGAUUGUCGAGGUUGAUAAGCAUAUCGGUUGUGCUGUAUCUGGUCUUAUGGCAGACUCACGUACAAUGAUAGAUAGGGCAAGAAUAGAAUGUCAAAACCACUGGUUUGUUUAUAAUGAGAACAUGAGUGUAGAAUCAUGUGCACAAGGAGUUUCAAACUUAGCUAUUCAGUUUGGGGAUUCUGAUGAUGAUGGUGCAGCAAUGUCUAGACCAUUUGGUGUUGCUAUUCUGUUUGCUGGAAUUGAUGAGAAGGGGCCACAGUUAUACCAUAUGGAUCCAUCAGGUACUUUUGUCCAGUUUGAUGCAAAAGCAAUAGGCUCUGGAUCCGAAGGCGCUCAACAGAGCCUCCAAGAAGUCUACCAUCGCAGUAUGACCUUAGAGGAGGCUACUACGGCAGCACUGACCAUCCUUAAGCAAGUUAUGGAGGAGAAAUUGAAUGCCUCUAAUGUAGAGGUGAUGACUAUGACUCCAAAAGAAUUUUUCCACAUGUUUACUAAGGAACAGGUUGAGGAGGCACUGAAGAAAAUAGGCAUGCCAUCUGAAGUACAACAUCCUGCUCUUAGCGAAAUUGGCGAACGUAAGAAAGCUGAAAAUGUCAAGUGAAAUUCUUUGCUGCUUCUGAACUGUUUCCAGUUCAGUUCUUAGUUUUGAUAUUCAAGAGAAAUACGUUUUUAGUUUUUAUAUAAAGUUUUCAUUAAAAUAAAGAUAAUUUUUUGAUUCUGUGUUGCAAUAAUUUGGACAGUGGCUUAUUCUGGCAGUUGGUAGCACUUGUGUAAGUUUCACAUCCCUCAUCUCCAUCUCUCCAUUGGCAUUUGCGCCGCGCUAAAACAAG